AAUGAACGAAAUGAGAACAAACUGCAGGAGAGUUUUGUUUUUGUUUAUCAAAAACAAAAACUGCUUAAACCGCACUCUUUCUUAGUGCUGGUUACUAUUGAAGAAAGUCUACUUAAAAAUAAGAUUAGAAUGUAAAAGUCAAGUCAGUUUUAUUUCAAAGGCGAAGGAGAAUGGAUUAAUAAGAAAACUAAAGCAAUAAAAAACCUAAACAAUCAUGAAUUGUAUGUGGAUAAUACUAUUUAUUUCUUCUACAUUGCUGACUUUGUGCAGAGGAGGAGAAAUCAAAAAUGUUUUAUUAUUGCUGGCCGAUGAUGCCGGCUUUGAAAUGGGAGCUUAUUUGAACAAAUAUUGUCAGACGCCAAAUUUGGAUAAUUUGGCUCGUAAGGGUUUACUUUUCAAUAAUGCCUUUACUUCAGUCAGUAGCUGUUCCCCAAGUCGUGCUCAGAUUUUAACUGGACAGGCUAGUCAUGCCAAUGGCAUGUAUGGCUUGCAUCAAGGUGUACACAAUUUCAAUGUUAUACCGGGCGUAAAAUCUUUGCCAAAUGUUUUAAGGGAAAACGCUAAAGGAUCAGUAAUGAGCGGUAUUAUUGGCAAGAAACAUGUGGGUUCUAAUAGUGAUUUUAAAUUUGAUUUUGAAGAAACUGAGGAACAACACUCCAUCAAUCAAAUUGGUAGAAAUAUUACCAAUAUUAAAAAAUAUACGAGAGAAUUUCUGCAAAAGGCUAAAAACGAUAAAAAACCAUUCUUUUUAAUGGUGGCCUUCCAUGAUCCACACAGAUGUGGCCAUAUAACUCCACAAUAUGGAGAGUUUUGCGAAAGAUGGGGUUCGGGUGAAGAAGGUAUGGGUAGUAUACCCGAUUGGAAACCAAUCUACUAUGAUUGGCGUAAUUUACAAGUACCCGCAUAUUUGCCCGAUACUGAUGUUGUGCGUCAAGAACUAUCGGCUCAAUAUAUGACCAUGUCACGUUUGGAUCAGGGUGUUGGUUUGGUACUAAAAGAAUUACAAAAUCUUGGUUAUGAUGAAAAUACUCUAGUUAUUUUCACCUCGGAUAAUGGGCCACCAUUUCCGUUAGGACGCACAAAUCUCUAUGAACAUGGCAUAAGAUCACCAUUUAUUUUGGCCUCACCCAAUACCGAAGAUAGGCAUUUGCAAACUACAGCAGCCAUGACCAGUUUGUUAGACAUAUAUCCCACUGUUUUAGAUGCCUUGGGAGUAAAUCAAGAUAAUUCAACACAACAGCCCUAUAUAAAAUCUCUAUUGCCACUUUUGAAGAAAGAACCACAACCAUUGGAAGAUGAUGCUGUCUAUGGUUCUCAUAACUAUCAUGAAAUUACUAUGAACUACCCCAUGCGUAUGAUACGCACUAGACGUUUUAAACUUAUACACAAUCUUAAUUACUGGUCCUACUUUCCCAUUGAUCAAGAUUUUUACACUUCCCCCACAUUCCAACAGAUAUUAAAUGCUACAAUAAAUCAUCAACCCUUGGCCUGGUAUAAAAAUUUACUUUCGUAUUAUCAACGUCCGGAAUGGGAAUUGUAUGAUAUUAAAAGUGAUUCAUUGGAACGUUUCAAUUUGGUGGAUAAGCCAAAAUAUAAAACAACGUUAAAAGAGUUAAAAAAACGCCUGUUGAAAUGGCAAGAUGAUACCAACGAUCCAUGGCGCUGUGCACCUCAUGCUGUACUGCAGGCUCAGGGCGUUUUUAAAAAGAGUCCAGUAUGUUUGUCAUUGGCUCACGAAGCUCUGAAGAAGCCGUUAACACAUUACGAAAAAUAUGUGUUACUUUAAGUUUAGAAUAAAAUUUUAUUUAGAUUGUAGUAAACAUUUAUUUUAAUAAACAUACAUACUUAUUUAAUAUAGUCGUUGUACCGACAAAAAGUGUCAUGUAAAAUUUUUCAGAAUUUUCUAUUAUCUGAUCUUAUAUUUGCGAAACUAUUCCAUUGAUUUUGUUGCUCUUGAAAAGUUGUUAAAAACUAAAAACUUCUUGUUGGCACAACGACGAUAUGUAUUUGUAUUGGAACAUUUAAAUUAAACAUUUAUUUUAUAUUAAUUUACUAAAUAAAUCUGCGAAAUUUUUCCACA